GUUUGCAUUGAAACACAAGCACGAGGGGUCGUCCAUAGGAAGAAUUAUGAUGCGUUUGUGGUACAGUGUGAUCCUCAUUUUGCUGUUCUCGGAAACCAUUUUCAGCCGCAAAAAGUGUAAAUCGACUGUUGUGCCUAGACCAGUUCAUACAUUUGAAACUGGCCCUCACCUGUGUUUCACCACCUCGGGAUCAUCAACCUUGGAGGUGUCAACAACUCGAUAUAAAGAAGGAAAACAUUCUAUGAAGUGGGACUGGAAGAGUGGAGAUUUUAUCACUUAUGAAUUCAAGCCCAAACCAAUCAAAGGAAAAGAACUCAAAGAAGGUGGAAUCAAAUUGUGGCUUUACAACACUCAUCAACUCUCUGGAAUCGGUGAAGAAUUGACCAUCGAAUUUCUUGAGACGGCAUCCUCACCAUCACACUCAGUCGUGUCACUGUUCAAGAUAAAUCUUAACUUCGAGGGUUGGCGUGGAAUCUGGGUGGCUUACAGUGAUUUCAAAGCGGGUGCACGAUGGAAUACGAGAGAGAUAAACAGAAUGAAAAUAACCGCACCGAAUACAUCCCCACCCACUCACCUUUUGUUUUUUGAUCUUAUACGAUUUGUUUAA